AUGAAUUUUGACGUUAGUACAAUUUUUGUGACUUUAUAUAAAGUGAUUGUUGCUAGAAGGAUUCAGAAUCUGCUUUGUGCAAAUGGGUUUCUGGGGUCAGACACAUUUUUCUUGACGACCAAGGUUUAUAUGGUUGUGUUCAAAGACGAUGACCGUGACGAGGUCUCUCCUGUAUCUGAUUUGGGUUUUGAUUGCUCCGAGGGCUGUUCAACUCCUGAUCUCGAUAACUGUGCUCUUGGAUACGAGUUUUGGACUAAGAUACCAGAAAGUGUUGAUGAAAGACGUGCUAAGUUUUUGAAAUGGGUCGGUUUGAGUUCACAUUGGUGCACAGCCGAUAGAGAUGAGGAGGAGAAUUUACGUGAUGAAGAAAUCAAAACGCGCAUUGAUAGGUUAAGGGAUAAUGGUGAGACCGUGUUGGCAAAUUCGAAUUCUGAAACUCAGUUUUUCUCAUGUCGGUCCUUGCAGGCGUUUUCCUCAUAUGACUCUACAGAGUUAGUAGAAAAUUGUGUUGUAGACAAGGAUGCGUGGAAAAUUAAAAAUUUGGAUGAUGGAACUGAAUUUGUGGUGGAUGAACUUAGUGACCAUGGCACACCUACCAGAUUACGUGAAGUGGGUUCCAAUAAAAUUGUGUCACUUGAAGAGUUUCACAAGACUCUUGGCUCAUCAGCUUUGGUUCAGCGAUUAUUGAGGAAAGAAUCUAAGGGCUUUAACAUGCUUGAUUCGAAGAAGAAAGUGAAAAGCAGUUGGCUCAGGAGAUUGGGUUUCAUGACUCGUAAUUCAAAUAAAACAAAGGAGGUUCAUUUGAAACCUAAUGAGAUCAGUUCAAAGACAGUGGCUAGUUGUCGAAGAGUUCCAGUCCAUGCAUCUAAAAAACAUUCAAAAGAACUGUCCUCUCUGUAUACGGGGCAAGAAUUUUCUGCACAUGAUGGCUCAAUCUUGACAAUGAAGUUCAGUCCUGACGGAAAUUACCUUGCAAGUGCUGGGGAAGAUGGCGUUGUCCGCGUGUGGAAGGUGCUUGAAGAUGAUACUUUAAACAAAUUCAACAUUCAAGACACUGAUCCCUCAUCUUUAUACCUCUCUCUGAAUAAUUUUUCCAAGUUAGCUCCUCUAGAUGUUGAUAAACAAAAGACUAGUAAGAUGAAAAGUUUGAGAAAAUCGUCGGACUCAACUCGUGUCAUUCUUCCACCUAAGGUCUUCCAAUUAUUGGAGAAACCUCUGCACGAGUUCUACGGGCAUACGGGUGAGGUUUUGGCUCUCUCAUGGUCCAAGAAUGGGCAUUUGCUGUCAUCUUCAGUUGAUAAAACAGCUCGCUUAUGGAAGAUGGGACAUGAUCAGUGCCUUGGCGUAUAUUCACAUAAUAACUACGUGACCUGUGUUGAGUUCAAUCCCGUGGAUGAUAAUUAUUUCAUUAGUGGUUCAAUAGAUGGGAAAAUACGCAUCUGGGAAGUUCAAGGCUGUCGAGUCAUUGAUUGGAUCGAUAUUAGAGAAAUAGUAACUGCCGUGUGUUAUUGUCCUAAUGGCAAGGGAGGUGUAAUUGGUUCUAUGGAAGGCAAUUGUCGUUUUUAUGAUGUUGAAGAUAAUCGUCUGCAAUUGGGUGAUCAAAUAUGCCUAAAGGGGAAAAAGAAGUUAACUGGCAAGAGAAUAACUGGAUUUCAGUUUUGCCCGAGUGAUGUGAGCAAAGUGCUGGUCACUUCUGCUGAUUCGCAAGUUAGAAUUCUUUGUAGUACCAAUAUCAUCUGCAAAUUCAAAGGUAAUCGAAGUUCAGGAAGCCAAGUACCAGCAUCUUUCACAUCAGACGGGGAACAUAUUGUUUCUACUACUGAGGAUUCAAAUGUCCAUGUGUGGAGCUACUCUACCCAGGACCAGAAAUCAUCUCGAUCAAAGAACUUGUGGUCAUGUGAAAGUUUCUUGUCACACAAUGCUUCCAUUGCUAUUCCUUGGUGUGGCUUGAAGAACAAGUUAGUAGCUCUACCAGGAAGUAUUUUAGGAGAUGGACAUUUAGAUGAGAAAAUGCUCCAAAAAUUGCCUGCUUCUUUCCCUGAUUGUUUCACGACGAGCCUCGGGUUUUUCUUGGAUGCUUUAUAUAAGGGAAUUGCUACAUGGCCGGAAGAGAAACUCCCCCAAUCAAGUCCAGUGGCAGUUUCACGUUCUAGGUGCAGAUCUGAGUUCAAGUUUCUAAAGAGUGCUUGGCAGAGCACAAUAAAUUCUCCUCAUUUGUGGGGUCUUGUGAUCGUAACUGCAGGCUGGGACGGAUGUAUCAGAACAUUUCUCAAUUAUGGAUUGCCUAUUCGAUUCUAA